AUGGCUUCUAUAGGUGACAGUCAGCAGCUGGAUCUGGAUGGUGACCUGUUUGUAGGUGGAGUGGGUGGUUCCAGGGCUCCACCAGUGGUUCCAGAGAUAUGGUCCCACCAUCUUGGCUUUGGCUUUGUGGGUUGUGUCAGGGAUAUGACUAUCAAUGAUGAACCUGUUGAUCUGGCUGCCUUUGCCAAACAACAACAUGCUGAAGACAUAGAGCCUACUUGCAGGACAGGGAUCCCUCAUUGUCCAUCCUCACCUUGUCAAAAUGGUGGCAUGUGUACUGAGGGGUGGAACAGAUUCAUCUGUGACUGUUCAGUGACUGGCUUCACUGGACCAACUUGUGAUGAAGAAUCAACAAGCAUGAUGUUUGUGGGUGACCAAAGGCUGAGUGUGAGGUUCACAGAUGGCAGGCCUGGGAGCAACAGUGAGACUCAAACCCAUGCUGAAGACUUGAGUUUCAGAUUCCAGACUUCAAGGCCACAAGGACUAUUGUUUUGCUCCAGAUCAAGGACCAGCACUGAUAGACUUGAGCUGGCCAUUGUUGGAGGCAGUCUGAGACUCUAUAACAAACUUGGCCUUCAAGAAAAGGUGAUGUAUGCAGGUCAAGGACUGAAUAACAACCGUUGGCACUCCUUCAAAUAUUCAAGAAGAGGCAGACUCAUAAAACUGCAAUUGGACAAAGACCCAGAAGUGUCAGGUGAACUUGAUGGAGAGGAUGUGAGUCUCAAGUAUGAAACAUUGCACAUUGGAUCAGACCCAGCAGCAGAAUCCAGCAGUGACUCAUCAUCAGCUGUCUCAGGGUUUGUGGGCACUUUGCAGAGCCUGUUGUUCAACAACAGAGCCCUUCUGGAACAGGCCAAAACUGGGGCCUCUGUCCCUGGGGCAGUUUUCUAUGAGAGAACUGGGUCCUUUGGACAUGAAGACCACAUUGUGCAAAACGCUGUCACUUUCAAGACAAAGCACACAUUCAUUGGACUCAAGCAGCUCAUUGCUUACAAUGGUUUCAGCAUUUUCUUUCAGAUAAAGACAGCUGAGCCAGAUGGCUUAGUCCUCUACAAUGCUGGAAAAGAUGGAGACUUCUUUGCUGUGGAACUGGUUGAUGGACAUGUGGUGUAUGCAUUCAACCUGGGUUCUGGUCCAGUGAGACUCAGGGUUGACACUGGGUCACCUGGGUCUUCAGGUGUGGCAGACUCCAAGUGGCACUCAAUCACCAUUUCCAGGCCAGCUGCAACAAGACACUUCCUAAUGGUGGAUGAUGUUUUGGCCACUGCUACUUCUGGUGCUGGUGAUGAGUGGGACUUUCUGGACCUGUUGUAUUUGGGUGGCACUCAUUUCUUUGGAGACCUGCCUGAUGGCAUCAGGGCCAGACAUGGGUUCAGAGGCUGUCUGGCCUCUGUGAGCAUCAAUGGCAAGCCUGUGAGGCCCAUCAAGGAUGCUGCCAUCUCUGUUGCCAGGGCUACUGUUGAGGAAGGGUGCAGGGCUGAAAAAUCGCAUUGCACAGCAUCAUCCUGUUCCCACCGCGGGGUUUGCAGUCAGGAGUGGACUGGUUUUUCCUGCGACUGCGACAUGACCUCCUACACCGGCGCCACUUGCACAGAAGAAGGCGUCUCUUACAUGUUUGGGCCGGAACAUGGGAUGCUGUUUUUCCUGUACCCUCCUGGCCUGAGACCAGACACCAAAGAAGACAGGAUUGCCUUUGGCAUCAGCACUUCUCAAAUUGAGGCAUAUGUGGUCAGGGUUGACAGUUCUGAGAGCAGGGACUUUAUUCAAUUGCGGCUGGUUGGAGGAAGAAUGCAGUUGUCAUAUAGUACUGGGGGACAUGUUCACUUUCUGGACGAUGUUUAUUCCAAAGUCAAUGACAACAAGUACCACGUCAUCAGGGUUACCAGAAGCGGGAAAAACGCCACUUUUCAAGUUGACGACAGACCGAUUCUUCAGAAAAACCCGACAGGACCCCAGGAUGACAUGAUGAACAGGUUGUCCAAAGUGCAAGUCGGUGGCCGCUGGGUGGACAACAAGGCCAUAGAGGGGCCCUUUGAGGGGAUCCUCACUGGCCUGACUGUCAACCGAGAGAGGAUCUUUGGCCUGGCUGCCGAGGGGGAUCCUCGGGUGAGUGUCAAGGGAGAUGUCCAGCUCUUGAUGCACACGGAGGAUCAGGACCAGCAACUCGGCAAACAACCAGGCCACAGGAAGAAGAAGAAGAAGCUCAAGGGCAGAGUCAAGUAUCCGUUUUUGCACGAAAGAAUGCAAAAGAGUCCUCCGAGUGAUUUGCCGACAACUGACGACUUGAUUUAUUCCGAGGGAUCCGGAUGUGACUCGGAUUUAGACAGUGAAUUAUGCCGGUAUCCGAUUGAACAUGGCUCAGGAGAUGAUCUGGUGACUCCAGUCUAUGUUCCUCCACCAACCAAGUCCCCAGCAACAACACCGACCCCAGGCACCUGGGGAGGGUUCCACCAGCAACCAGGAAGGGACCACAACAAAUUUGCACAACGUCCCACGCACAAAGAAAAAUCAUCAGUGCCCUGCAACAGUGAUGAUGAGGAUGUGGACUGUGAAGAAGGGUCAGGAGUUGAUGACUGGUCCAGAAAUGCCUUGACCUUUGAGGCCAUUGUCCCUUUAUUCACUACAUCCAAUGCUGGCAGUCCUACCAAAAAGGCUGAAGAUCAAGACUUUGGGAUGAAGGACAGGACUACUCAGUCAUUGUUUGGCUUCCACCACAAUAAUGCCACAUCACCCAGCCCAACAACCACAAGUUCCACAGCUAGCACAACAACCACAACUACCACAACCACCACCACAACCACAACCACCACCACAACCCCUAAGCCUACACUACCCACUACUAGAGCCCAGUUGCCCUUUUUCCCCCCUUUGCCACCAGCUUCCCCCAGGUCAUUUUAUGAGCAUGGAAGACCCAGACAUGAGGAAGAGGAAGAAGAAGAAGAAGGAUUGGAUGAUGUGGACUUUAGGGGAGGCAGGAGGUAUGAUGACAGGGCUGGGCCAGCUUGGAACUCCAGAGGUGGUGCUGGAGGUGGUGCAGUGGUGCCUCCAGACACCAAAAUCCGGUCUGAUGAGGCUGAAAGCACUGCUUUGGUCAUUGGGUGUGUGGCUGCUGUGUUGAUUGCUAUCAUAUUGGUCAUCCUGCUGGUGCUCAAGUUCAAGUCCCGGACUGAGGUGGUGUUUGGCAAGGUGCUGACAGAUGACGAAGACUUGGCAGCCAGCAGAAGAUAUGAACCUCCAGGGAAUGAUGGGUUCUUUAGCCAAGGUGAGGCCCUGAGGCCAGGGAGAGUCAAGAGCUCCAAGGAUGUGAAGGAGUGGUAUGUGUGAGUGUGCAGUAUUUUUCUAUAUCCCAGGGCAGCUGUGAUGCUGCUCCCAACUAAAAAAUAAGGCAAAAAAUGCGCAAUUAUUUAAUACCAUGAUUGGUCUUCCGAUGUGUGGCAUCUCUGAUGACAAAAACCCAGGCCCAGAAAAAGUGGGCUUCAGAGAAGAAAAAAAGUUGACUGCUGCUAUAUGUUGGCCCAGUGCACAGCAGAAAAGGGGAGCUUUUUAUAUAAGCAGAAUUAGGAGGCCAUCUUUUAUCCUGUUAUUGUUGCUGGGAUAACUUUUUCUCCUUUGGAAAAAAAAGAACACCUACAAAUAGGGGACAAAGAUGGCAGCCAAUCCUGGCUUGAUCAAAACACUCCCCCUUUUUUUUAAAUGAAAAGGAUCUGGGCCAGUUUGAAUUAGCCUUCAUCAUCAUCACCUUUUUGCUUUCUCUGGAACAAAGUGUCUUGAGUCACUGGUUGCACCUGGGCUGAGUCCAUAUAACUCCUAAGGCAACAGUUACCAAUGUUGUUGUAUACUUUGCACUCAGAUGCCACUCAAGUGUCUCAUAUGUAUGUCAUAGUGUUCAUAUCCUGCUGGGGUGUGUGGGGGAAUUGGCUUUUUACAUGUUGAAAAGGCUUGUUUUUCUUUUAUUGGGGAUUGAAUGGGUGUCAUAUCAGGAUUACCAUGUGCUUAGUGAUGAUAGUGUUUGGACAUUUAGGGACAGUUUGGAUGAGUGUGGAAACAAAACUUUUCUUGUCCUUUUUUUCUUGGGAAAUA